AUGGAAUAUGCCAGUCUUGGUUCACUACCCGUCGAGCUCAAAGUUCUCAUCUCUAGGCAAUUUGAUGAUGCAUCGGACGUACGGUCGCUUGCUUUGACGAACCGCGCAACCUACCUGGCGUUCAUCGGCUCUGAGAGUCACAUAGUCAAAGCCACAUUUCAAAAUCAAACCAAUCCGGAUGUUCUUCAUGAUGUGCUGGCAGUCGCGCUGACGAUGCAAACCAAAAAAUGGAGCCGAGAUGUGAGACUAGAAAUACUAAGAAAAUACUUCUCUGGCAACCCUCUCAUUCACACCACCAAAUGGACACUGUCGAACUUCUUUUCCAUACAGCGGCUUCGAAAGCAAAUCCAGUUUUUUGUCCUUGAUUUUGCGCUGUCUGCCUUAUCGGAGGACCCUUCCACGCGUGAUGAGGAUAUCCUGCCGAAGGAACCAACCAUGUGGGAAAGCAUCAGGUUAGAGCGUACAUUCUGGAGAUUUGAGCUCUACUGCAACCUUUUCGGCUUUCGAGGUUUACGAGAUGGCGAUCUUCCGGAGCGGCUCAACGUCAAUGAGCGGAGUGUCAUGUUCUUCAACAAAUUCGCCGCGUACGAGAAUGAACAGCUUGGAUGCGUUCGAGACUAUCUCAUCGAACGAAUCUCAGAACCAUUCAAUGACGUCGCAAGCCAUAAUAUCGAAUAUUCAGAUGUCAAGAUCGGAUACACUAAUGAUUAUGCAGUACCUGACAACUGGUUCAAGGAGGGCGUCCUGACUUGGGGGCUUGAGAAAAUACAUGAUUUUAUAUGUACGGAGACUUACGACGAACGGUUCGAACACCUGACUGAAUACCCUCCUUGUGACAGCCAUUUUCUGUACACAGGUCUGAUUCAUGCCAAUAAUCAGUCCUCGAAAGAGGCGCUUGAGCUUCAGCAGCCCUUUAGUCCUGAUCCAGAUAUUGGUCCACGCGCAGCUUGGGCUUGGGCCAACUGUUCCUUCUCAAAUAAUUCCUAUUUUUUGAAAUCGAACUGGUACUUUCGACAGCGAGCUUAUGUCAUGUGGGACUCAGUAAGGCUCACAGAGUGGAAGCUGUUGCUCAAACCCCGCCAUGAAGCACCUGAUGCAAUCAAUGCUCCAAUCGCCUUCAAUGUGGAGAAAUCAAGGGAAGAAAGACUGAGCCGAAGUCGACGGCAACAAUUGUACUUGGAUGGUUACACUGGGUAUUGGGCCGCAGAGAGCGACAUGCAAUUGAAACAACGCGAAGGCAGUAAUUCCAAUGCUGAGGGAGGGUCAAGGAGCAAUUAG